AUGGUUCUGGGACUGAGGGUGGUGAGAGGACCUGACUGGAACCUCGGGAACGAGGAUGGCGGUGACGGCCAUCUUGGUACUGUUGUAGAGGACCAUGGCGACAACACUGUCACGGUAGUUUGGGAUAUGGGGUCAAGGACGACAUGUCGCGCGGGAGAGGAUGAUAAAUGUGACCUCUGCAUCCUGGACAAUGCCCCAACAGGAGUACGUUUCGGCUCGGCCACCUGUUCCGAGUGUGAGGUAGAUGGGAUAUUUGGAAUGAAGCGGAACUGUAAGCAGUGUGAAGGGGUGUGUCUCUGUAGUGUGUGCUACAUAAAGGGUAGACAUGACGAAAGACACGCGUUUAUCAGAUACUUCAGUCCGGAGUCGAACGGGGUAGAGGUACCGAAGCGUUUUACCUCCAAUAAGCAGCGAUCUCUUGGAAUGUUCCCAGGAGCAAAGGUCGUCCGAGGAACGGACUGGGAUUGGUCCGACCAAGAUGGUGGAGCAGGCAGCUCGGGAACUGUGGCAGGUCUCCGGUCGUAUGAGGAGGGUAUUGGUGACCGAAACAGUGUUACAGUCACGUGGGAGAAGACACAGAAAACCGCGAAAUAUCGUGUGGGAUUCGAGGGCAAGGUCGAUCUGAAAUGUAAAGUCGAAGGAGAAGCCCCCGGGUACGAUUACUACAAAGAACACCUUCCACUUCUUGACGCUGAUAUUUUUGAAGUGUACGAGGAUCUGUCCGCGAUUUUCCUUAAGGUUAAUGACAAGGUGUGUGCGGGUGUGUCCAAGGAAGACCUGGAGGUCGCUCAGAAGGAACAUGGCGGCUGGCACGUAAGGAUGGCCGAGGUUCACGAUGUCAACAUUGAUGACACCGUCAUGGUGUCAGAUGACCAGGAGUUUGUGGAGAUUGUACAAAAGGAUCAUGGUGGCUGGGUUGAAGAGAUGGGUCUCGUGCUUGGUAAAGCGGGUAAAGUUGUACGUAUUACCCCGAAGAAAGACGUAGUGGUGGCGUUCGGGAGGAAGACCUGGGUAUUUCAUCCUGCUUGCCUCACUCCAGCCCCUGACGAGGAGAUAUUCCAAAUCAAUCCCCAGUUCUACUGUCACAGUUCAGU